AACACGUCGUUGCCCUCUGCCCUCUGGCGACCACGCCGUCGGGGCAGUUUUCGCCACCGCCCCACACCUCGCCCCACCUCUUCCCUACAACAUCCCCGCCAGCCACCUCCUCGACCUGUGCCUUCAUCUGCACGCGCCGCCCCAGCGGAUCAUCCUCUGCUGCCCCACGGACUGGACCGCGGACUGCCGCCGCCGAUGAGCCCAUCUGAUGGCGGCGCUGAUCCAUCUUCUGGUGCUGGAUGCGGCAACCAUGGCGAAGGAGAAGAAAUCAAUGUACACUACCACCAUCGGCAGGUUGCAGGUAAACCACCGGCCGUUAUGGUGGCCUCCAGGUUGGCCACGAAGAAGUCCUGGAGCAGCGGCGUGUCCAAGAGGAUGCAGAUCGCCAGCCCGCUGCCCGCCGCUCCUCCCCUGCCUUCUCCUUCUCUUCCUUUCCUUCUCCUUCCUUCUUUCCUUUCUCCAUGUUUUCUCACCUCCAGCUCCCUCUCUGUCUCUAUGCAGCGCCGCCUCUAUGGAGACGCCGGAUCCACGCCGGUCGUCCUCGCCUCCCGUUUCUCCUGCCGCUUGCUCCACAUCGUGCUGCGCCAUGGGUGCCAUCCAGAUCGAGCACGGGCACGAGAGGCGCCGCGCUCCCCUCCCUGCACGGCUGCUUUGCCGUCGUCGUCUCGCCCAUCGCCGACCAGCAGAGUGGUCCACUUCCGGCGCCGUAAUCCCGGCCGUCACCUGCGCCUCCCUCCGUCGCCGAUCCGCGGCCCAUUUCCGCCUCUGCCGUGCGUCCGCAGGACACGUUGCCCAGAUGGAGAACAAUUAUCCACCUGGAUAUCCAUUGUAUAAAGAUCUAACAAACACAACGACAGAGGGGAAUGGAGCUCCCCAUCUCCAACAAAAAAAGGCCACUGGUCAGGUGUGGUAUGCCCAAAUGUCAGACGAGAAGAAAGCAGAAUUUCUCCAGAAGCAUCGUUUAGCCCGCCAGGAAAAGAAGGUUGCAGCUCUGGAAAGUGUUGGCACGGACCAGGUAGCACACGCGCCUGCUUCUUCGUCAAGGUCUGUGCAAUGUACUCAUCCGAGUGACAAAACCUACAGACGUAUAAAUGCCUGUGUAACUACAACUCCAUGAGUGCUGAUCUUCAAAAAGGGCAACCCAGUGCAUGUAGCUCCCGGCUUGCGCAGGGUCCGGGGAAGGGUCCGACCACUUCGGGUCUAUUGUGCUGAUCUUCAACUUGAUAAAAAAAAAUAGUCAGACAGAGAAAACAAACAGGUCAAGGUUGGUAUGCUGAGCUAUCAAAUGAGAAAGCAGAAUACCUAAAGAAGUAACGAACGGCUUGGCUACAAAAGAAAGAUGCAGCCGUUGAUGUGAAUGUCGAAGUACCUCAAUUAUCUGACCCACAUGUUUCACUGGGUAAGAACACUUCAUGUCCUAUAAUACAUAUAAUGUACUGAUGGAUAUCUAAUAAUCUAUAGAGAUUUUACUAUAGAUUAUAAUGCUAUAUAUAGAUACAACUCCAGAGUUAAUUCGUUGAGAUAAUAUGACUGUCAAUACAACUUCAAAGUUUUAAAAGGAGCGCAUACUUCUUCUGUGAUAUAGUCAAAAUAGAUGUUACAAACUUAUGGUAAAAUUGACACAAAUGGUCAGUAUGGUUCAUAUUGGCUGUUCUAAGAAUGCCAAGUGAUUUUUGUGAAUCUAACAACUUUCUGUUUCAAAUUUAUCUCUCUUGUUAUUUUCAUCCAAAUUAGUUUAUAUCUAUACUUAUAGGAAGGUUUACAUGCCUGACAAAGCCGGUGCGAAGCCACCACCGAAGGCAGCGACAGUGAGACAGAAUUCAAAAAAUAUCCGUUCAUGUAACCUUUUGACUGUUACAAACAUUUUCUUAAAUUCAAUAAAAAGUUGGGGCAGGGGGGAAACCCCUUUCAUUUCAAAAAAAAAAACAUUUUCUUAGUUAUUCAACAUUGUCAACCUACAUACUAGAGCCGUAGAGCAUGUUCUUGGUCCUUUGGAGGUUCAGAUUCAGCUGGGUUUCCCUUUGGACCGUGCUGUGUUCAAAUUUGAGCAGAACAGGUAUAUGUUUCUCAUUUCUAUGUGUAAAGGUCCAUUUUCUCUUCAGUACCUUUGGGGCAAUUGUGUUACAAAAAUAAUAUGAACAUUUCACACUUGCAUGAACUUGCGGAUUGAUAACGUUAUAUUUUUGGAAGAGAAAAUAUGUAUGAGUGGGAAAAAAUAUGUAUAAGUGGGAAAAUAAUACUCCCUCCGAUCAGAAAUAAGUGGCUAAUUUGAACUAAAACCACGACACUUAUUUCCGAUCGCAGGGAAUAUGUUUUUUCAUUAGUAAAAUGAAGAUAAUUUUUGGGUAUAGCAAGUUUCGAUGAGCAAGCCAGUGCGUAUACGAUGUAAAAUCCAAACUGAAAGGAAAAAAAGAAAACGUGUUUCAUCAUUGAGACAACAGCAAAGUGUUUAUUUUACUUUCAGGGGAUAUGUUCCGGUCUGACAUGGCGCUCGGCGCAAUUCCGCCGCUCUAUCAUGAUGACUAUGCCAUUGCGGAGUCAAACAUGCCGUUCCCGAUCCACCUUCCAUGAGUCGCCAGACAAGAAGUCGCAAAGUUGCUGAACUAUGACAGGUACUAUUUUAGGGAUGUUCAAGAUUCAGCUUUGGGGUUAGGCUUAUUUCCGCAAUGGUUUGAUCAGAGUAGCUGCUAGCUGUUGGGAAAACCUAUUUGCUUGAUGAGGACAAUAAGAUUACAUCAGGCACUUGGGCAUCAUUCAUCCUAAAGUAAUGUGUUCCGUUUGUCUUGAGCUGUUUUUUUUGCUCUGCAACGUCCCAACAUUCAAUCACUGGACUUCUUCCUACCCUAAUGUGUUUGUGAAAGCUUUGCCUAGACCAGUGUCGGAUAAUAUUCCCUGUUUAUUUUUGGUUCAAUUUUCCAUUCCUGGAUCUAACGUAAUUCAUUUUAAGAACUUUUGACCAUUGCAGCCAAGCUUUAAAGAUAUGGUCAAAUCUGCUUAGCAGCUGCCUAUUCACUCAACAGACUGCUAUUAUUCUCAGUACGAGAAUGAAGCCAGAGAGAACAUCCAAUUGUACAAGCAUUGUUUAAGCGUAUAAGAAGUCCUGAGAUAAUUAGAUGUGUCUUUACUAGCUACAUGCACCUGAUGUUAA